AUGUCUUGCUGUCUUUCAAAUCUUCUCCUCUCACACCCCAUUGCAGCACAAAGAAUCUCGUCUGUAAUAUCCAAUUCCAACAAUUUAUCUGCGAAAUUUCCACACUUGUCGACCCAAAUUUCUGGCAGGAAAUGCGACAGAAAGAUCAUCAAAGCCGUGGCCGGAGAUGGCAGAGACAACCUUGACCAGUUGCAAAGAGCAAACAAGCAUCAACCCCAACAACCCAAGAGAAGAGUAGCCCAAAUUGCUCCCAUCGGAUUGUGGGAUAGGUUUCCCACUGCAAGGACAGUGCAGCAAAUGAUGGAUACAAUGGAGAGGAUAAUGGAGGACCCUGUAGCGUACAGUGGCGGCUGGCCGUCGCAGCCAUCAAGCGAGAGUGGUGGGUACAGCAGGGGAAGGACACCAUGGGAGAUAAAGGAAAGUGAGGGAGAGUACAACAUGAGGUUUGACAUGCCUGGUAUGACCAAAGAGGAUGUGAAGGUAUACAUUGAAGACAAAAUGUUGGUGGUGAAAGGAGAAAAAGUUCCCAAGAAGAACAGUCAGAAUGAGGGAGAGGAUGAGGAGGAGUGGUCUGCUAAGAGCUAUGGCAGGUACAGCUGCAGAAUUGCUUUGCCUGAGAAUAUUCAGUUCGAGAAAAUUAAGGCUGAGGUUAAAGAUGGAGUGCUGUAUAUAAGCAUACCAAAAGCUACCAACACUUCCAAAGUUUUGGACAUCAAUGUUGAAUGA